AUGUCACCGCUCGAGCACGCGCGCACCCGUGCAUCACCCGCGCCCCAGAUCUCCCUCGCCGCGCGCCAGCCCCGCUUCUCUGACGACGUCGUCCGCACCGCUCCCUGCCUCCUCCUCGCUCGCACGCCGUCCCUGCCCGACCGCGCUCCACGCUGCAUCGGCCGCGUCCUGCGCUCCCCUGUCCGCGGCCGUUCGCACCUCGCCGUGCCGAACCCCCUUCCCCCCCCCCACGGUGGCCUGGCCGCGCCCGCGCCAUGGCACUGCUUGGCCGCGCCGCUGCCUCCGCCUGUUUCCGGUUGCCGCUACUUCCUUGGCCGCCCCUACCUCUGCAAGCCACGUGCCGCGCCGGCUUCGCCUCGCUGCUGUGGGUGCCCCCACCGUGCGAGCGAGCCCGACGCCGCCUGCGCCCAGUGCACGCCCGCGCCGUCCGUCGUCCCGCUCCGGCCCACUGCCUCGUCGCCGCCUCGCUCCGCCGUGGCUGCGGCCACCUCCGUUGAUGGGUUGUCGCCCGCUCGGCCCUCAUACGGGUCGGGCGCCCGCAGCGCCCAGUCGGGUGCGCCCCUCCUGGCCGCACCCGUUUGCCCGUACCCGACGCCCGUUAAGGCCCCUGGGGCCUAUGACAAGGGGGGGCCACCCCAGAACGGUUACUAA